ACACACACACACACCACACACACACACACACACACACACACACACACACACACACACACACGGUGCUCGUAAAUAGGCUCCAGAUGCCUUUACAGAAAACGUUCGUGUGCACGCUGUGUGGAUUGCAUUUUCUCUUUUGAAUCACGCAGAUGUGAAUCCAUCAUCCUGUCAUCGACAAAACAACACGAUUAUGGCGUUGUGUGCAAUUUCAGAACACGUGGGAAGCGUUUAGGCUGGCGGCUGUGCGCCCGUCCUCCCCUGUGAUAGAGAAGCGCGCGGUGGUGCAUCGGUGAAAUGAGUGAGAGGUGCAGAGGAGACAAUCAAUGAAGACCGCAAGGGCUCCUGUGCGUUUUGGGCAAGGUCAGAGUCCAGCCUGCAGGAGAUUAUGCUCUGCCCGUGCGGGAACAACAAGGAAUGACUUUUACGCUUCCUCACGAGGGAAGAGGUCGCCUGGGGAUGUCCCCUAAAAUACCAAGAGGUUUAUUCUCUGUGUUGGAUUGAAGAGGCGACGAUCUGCAUAAUCAUGGUUGAGCUUUGUUUUUGACAACCUUCAGGCUGCAUGGCUUUUUUCUUUUCUCACUCAGCCCGGAGAUAAAGUUUCUUCACUCGGCUCGACUGCUGGGGGGCAUAUUCGGCCACCGAUUCGUUUAAUUGCACCCAGUUAAUGUGAUUUAGAGGCUGCUGGUUAACAAAAAAAAAAGGGGGUGGGUGCAGCGGUGGAUUAAAUUCCAUCAGAGCAGCAUCAAAACAGCGGCGGCCAACUGUGUUUCUGGACGGUCACAUCUGCUGUUCUCGUCGCUGUCCAUGGUGCUGAACUUGUGCUCCAGGAAUGGUGGAGACGCUGAGUAUCGCAGUCAUCGGUGCUCCCGGAGUGGGGAAAACUUCUAUAAUCCGCCAGUUCAUCUAUAACGAUUUCUCGGAGGUGUACACACCGACCAGGACCAGAUAUGUGUACAGACCCUCCGUCAUCCUCAACGGGAACAUGUAUGACCUGAAGAUCUUGGACGUCCCGCCAAUCUCCUCCUUUCCAUCCAGCUCCAGUCAGGAGUGGCUGGAUUUGCGCUGCAGAGGUGUGCGCAAUGCCAACGCCUACAUCCUGGUGUACGACAUCUGCUGCGUGGAGAGCUUUGAAUACGUCAAGAUGAUCAGACAGCAGAUUGUGGAGCACAGGGAAGGCAGCAGUAGCGAGGUGCCGAUCCUGGUGGUGGGCAACAAGAGAGAUCUGCAGCGGCAGCGCUUCAUGCCUCGCAGGGCGGUGUCAGUCCUGGUCAAGAAGACCUGGAAGUGUGGUUAUGUGGAGUGCUCUGCCAAGUUUAACUGGCACAUAAUCCUGCUCUUCAAAGAGCUGCUGGGCAUCGCCGUGGCACGAGGCAUGCGCCAGAACCACACAUCCAUCCGUCUGCAGGGGGCGCUACAGAGGAAUCGCUGCAACAUCAUGUGACCCAGAGAGCUCCCGCCACCCUCUCACCUCAGGAGUGGAGCGGCAGUGGAGAAAAAAGGACUUCUGAUCUAAAUGGCUGGAAAAAUACCCUGUGGCCUGCUGCUUUACUGAGAUGAUAGGUUUAUUAGUCUUGCGCUGUAAAAGACACUCAAAUUUCACACGUGACCAUCCGACCACUUCCUAGUCAGAUCCAAAAGCCAAAUGUGUUAAUGCAAGGAAGGAGGUAGGAGAAAGAGCAAGUGAUAACCAACAUGACUAGCAUAGCACAGUUAUUUUUUCUCUCAUCAACUAGACACUGACUCAUUUGAGGCUUUGCUUCCCAAAUUACCCAAGCGCAGGUCUCUUUGAGGGUUGUCUUGUGGCUGUAGCUGGACAUGACAGGGUGGGAGCUAUGUUAGUGAGACUCAAAAUGGAGAGGCAGCAAUAUCAUGGAGCCUUCUUUUUGAAUUUGUCAUAUUCAGUAAGGUCAAGAGCAGACGGUCAUAUCUGAUACAUUUGGAUUUGUUUGAGGGUUAAUAGUCAACAAGAUACAAUAACACAGAGCAAAGUAAUAGCUAAUGCUUUACUUCUGGGUUUAUUUUCUUGAAGUAGAUAUUAGAUCAUCUUUUAUUUUAGAUUCUGAAAAGUAGCCUGCAUUUCUUUUUUCCCGUUUCAACCUUGGCUUACAGUGAUGAGAUUUUUGUUCAGGCAAAGGAGGUUUUAAGGUUGUCUAGCAGCAGACAAUGCUGCAGUCCUAAUCAUGAUGUAUUGUGUGUCUUUCAUCUGCUCCCUCCUUUCAUUCAGUGUGUUUCUGAUGAAUAGUUAAAUCCAGGAAACAGGGGACCUGCAGGAGGCUGCAGAGCCUGAAACAAGAACCUGUAUGGUUGUUGUCAUGUGGAUGUUUAUAUAUAUAUAUAUAUGUGUGUGUGUGUGUGUGUGUGUGUGUGUGUGUGUGUGUGU